CAAAAAUUUAAUUCGUAAAUUAUAUAUUCCAUUAUAUACUUAAUUAUUCGAACACUGAAAAUGGCUGAACCCAUACGAACUAUGCGCUAUUAUCUCAUGGAUGAGAUUGUUAUACAUAAUAAGAAAUUCGAUUGUUGGGUUGUUAUACACAAGAAUGUUUUCAAUUUGACGCCCAUGCUCAAGGAUCGCUGCGAUCACUGGAAUCGCACCCUGGACUAUCUGGUGGCCCAUGCUGGCAAGGAUCUGACGCAUCUGUUUCACGAGAACGGUGAGCCGCGCACCGAGAUCUCGCCCAGCUCGGGCCGACCCCGAGUGCUCUUCCCACCCAUUCUGGAGGUGGCGAUCAGCGAGUACGCUAAAACCAAGCACGCCAUGUGGAGUCAGGAUCCAUUUUAUCACAUAGGUCGCAUCACGCGACGACCGCGCCGCAUACGCGUCAUCAAUGCGCUGACUGGCCAUGUGCAGCACAUGACCGUGUGUGAUGAGGACAGCAUCUACGACAUUCAGCAGAAGUACAAGUCCCGCUACAAUCAUCAUGCUGGCUCCUAUGAGUGGCGCAAGUUCUCGAACAGCGCCAAGCGCUGUGGCCUCUUGAAUUUGAAUGGCACCUUGGACGAGAAUGGCCUGACAGAUGAUGAGGACUGCGAUGUGGAACUGCCGCCGCCCUCCCUUUGGCUCUACUACACAGAUGACUUGACCAUCGCUUGAUUGGGCAUUUGGCAAUUUGUUUUUAGCUGCUUUCACAAUUUUGGGUUAGUCGAAAAUUUGUUGUGCAUGGUGCAGGUAAAGAAGCAUUUCAAGCUACGCUGCGUUCGCCUCUCGGAUAUGAGCAUGGCCAUAGGCCUGGGCAUGGGCAUGGGCAUAGGUCUGGGUCUGCAUCGAGUUUUAGUUUAGGUCUGGUUCGCGCAAUACCAUUUAUUUUCGUUUUAAACAAAUGUCAUGGUCGACAUGAGCUGCUAAUAAUAACAAGCCCAAAAGUGCAGCGGACUUGUUCAGGGCCGCUUCUAUGAAAUACACUGAGAGAAAUUUCAGAAAAAAUAAAGAG